AUGUCGUUAUUUGGUGGUAGCGCUCCGCCACCGCCCUCCUCCUACGAAUCCACAACCUCAUCGUCUUCCUCGGCGCGCUCAUCGCCGUCAGUCGAGGAGAUCCCAGACCCGCGUCACGCACAAGAAGCACAGACUCCCACUAUCCCGGUUCCUUUAGACGUUAACGAUGACCUGGAUACCGACAGCGAGUCAGCGCGGGACGAGUCUGAUGGAGAGGACGACGACGACGAGGUACCGGUGCGCCCGAAUCGCUUCACUGGGCCGCCCCAAACAUGGCAGAGCUACACCGAAGCGGAUCGCCAGAUAGCCGACUCCCUCGAUCAGCUGCAAGAGACAGAUCUCGCAGUACAUCUGUAUAACGCGCAUGCACUCAAGCGACGAUUACGACGGCUCCCAGAAGACAACGCGAAGGUCAAAAACUGGCAGAAUAGGGACAACUGGCUCAAGACUGGGCAAGAUCUUGAGUACGUGGAUGCGGCGGGGUUCUUGCAGACGGCGAUUGUGCCUUCCAAAGAGUGGACGGCAUGGCCUAUCCCUCCAGACGAAGAGCCUCCAAGUGGCCAUGUGGACGAAUGGACUGCUGGAAGUGCAAACACCGGAGAUGCAGGAGAUGAGCUGCGAGAGGAACUCCUAGCUGUUUUCUUACGGCUGGCUAAAGAGAAGUGGAACUCACGGGAAACGCCUUCGUCUGACUCCGACGCUGGAGAUCACAUGUCAGCUUCGCGAAGCAGAUCUCGAUCACGGAGCGCCGGUUCUGCGAAGCCGAAAGAAACGACCAAGGUUGGAACCAGGACAGACGAUGUUGACGAUGGCAACGACGCCGAACGCGAUCGGGCGACUGGGAAGAAACGCGGCAGAAAACCUCGUACUGAGACACUCAUGGAGCCGACUCUAUUAGCGGACGAUGCGAGAGCACAGCGACUUCUCCAGCCGACGAUCCAGAACAUGAUGGGGAAACUAGACGAGCUUGCCUUAGCCAUCCGCCGAACGCGUGUCAACCACUUCGGUCGUGGAGGGCCAGGCGAUUCUUCCAUGAGCGAAUACACGUCAGGCGCAGAGUCGAAUGGUCCGAGAUCAAGGUCUACAUCUAGAGCUCGGUCGAAGAGUGCGACAAGUCGCAGAUCGAGCACCCGACCACUUUCGCGCGCAACGUCUACGGAGGCCGACCGCACAGUACGACAGAAGACAAAAGCCGCCAGAAAGGCAACAGAUGAAAGAGAGCCCGCCAACGACGAUGACAUCUCAAGCGGAGGAUCUGACUGGGAAAAGUCCAACAAAAUUCCUCGCGAACGGAAGCGUCGCAGAUCCUCCAGCACCAUGGGCGAUGGCGAUAGUUCAGGAGACGAAGGUAUACUAAGAGAAGGGCUUCUUGAUUGGAGUGAAGUGCUCGGUCUAGCAGCUGUACAAGGCUGGAAUGAAGGAGCUAUUGCACGUACUGCCCAGCGCUGCGCAACUCUGUUUGGCGAGGGCAUGUCUUUCAUGCCCUUCCACGAAGCACUCGCAUCAAAAGCUGCCCCCGGACCAGUAUCCUACACCCCAUCAACCAUACCACCUCCAGUCAUCCCCUCGAUCUCACAGCCUCCGCCACUUAAACGCCCCUUCUUCCAGAUCGGCACUCUGCGCUGCCCGCACGCAGAUUGCUGGGGUCACGAAAAAGACUUUGCGUUGGCCUACCGUGUGGUCGAGCAUUGCAUGCGAGUUCACAAAUACGACCCUAGAACUAAUGACUCUGAUAAUGAAGAGCGGACGAUUGGCGGUGUGCAUAUUGAUGGCUUCCUACAGCCUAUUACGGCGAAGCAGGGUUGGUUGGGGAAUGGAAGGGCAAAGGCUGGGAAGGCUAGUAAGAGGGCGAGGACGGGGCAGAGUAGUAGUAGUCGGGGGGUGUCGGAGGCGGCUUUGAGUGCUGGAGAGGAGUAG